UGUGGAGCUGUGGAGGAGGCCCUGUUGCGCCGGCAGCGGCGGCGGGGGGAGGAGCCGGAGCGGUUCCCGCGGGCUGUCCCCUCACGGAGCCGGCGGGAGGCUGCGGGCAGCGGGGCCCCGCUCCGGGCCCGCCGUGCCCCAGGUUUGCAACAAUGGUAGAGGAAGAUGUAAAUCACUGUGAAGAUUCUGAACCAUCAGUAUGUGGGAGAAAUGGCAUGAUUCCUAUGCAUGAGCAAAGUGAGCAGGGACCAGCAGCAGAUGCCAAAGGUACUGAUGGGAAUGUACAAACAGAAGAAACUGCUCUCUUGAACCAUUGCACUCAGCAACCUCCAGAACCAACAGCAGGGUCUUCAGUACCUGCAAGAACAUGGAGGCAAAUAUUUGCUUGUCCUCCUCAGGGUUUAAUGGCCCAAGCAGUGACAAAUGUUGCAUUUGUGGUCCUGGUUUGGGCGGUGGUUUGGUCCAUAACUGGGGCUGAGUGUCUCCCAGGUGGAAAUCUCUUUGGAAUUCUGUUUCUUUAUUUCUGUGCUGUCAUCGGAGGUAAAAUUUUUGGAUUCAUUAAAAUACGAACACUACCCCCUCUCCCUGCUCUUCUGGGGAUGCUACUUGCUGGUUUCCUAAUCCGAAAUACCCCAUUCAUCAGUGACUUUGUCCAGAUAAAUCUACGCUGGUCUGCAGCACUGAGGAAUAUUGCUCUUUCCAUUAUCUUGACCCGAGCAGGACUUGGCCUGGAUCCAAAGGCUCUUAAGAAGCUCAAAGCUGUCUGUUUACGGCUUGCUUUCGGACCGUGCCUCUCAGAAACAGGCACAGCUGCUGUCCUUGCCUACUUGCUCCUGCAUUUGCCAUGGCAAUGGGGAUUUAUAUUAGGUUUUGUUCUAGGUGCAGUCUCCCCUGCUGUGGUGGUUCCCUCCAUGCUGAUUUUACAAGCUGGGGGAUAUGGGGUGGAGAAGGGUGUCCCAACUUUGCUAAUGGCAGCUGGCAGCAUUGAUGACAUUCUGGCUAUCACGGGCUUCAACACUUGCCUUGGGAUGGCUUUCUCCUCUGGUUCUACUCUGUACAAUGUGCUCCGUGGAGUGCUGGAGGUUGCUGUUGGCAUAGCAGCUGGGGGAAUUCUGGGAAUGUUUAUUCGAUACUUCCCAAGCCAUGACCAGGCAUCUUUGGCAUGGAAGAGAUCAUAUUUUGUACUUGGACUGUCCAUGUUUGCUGGUUUUGGCAGCAUCCACUUUGGCUUCCCUGGAUCAGGAGGGCUCUGCACAUUAGUCUUAGCUUUUGUUGCAGGUGUGGGAUGGUCUGAUGAAAAGAGGGAAAUAGAAAAAAUUGUGGCAGUUGCAUGGAAUAUCUUUCAACCUUUUCUUUUUGGUUUAAUUGGAGCAGAAGUAUCUGUUACAUCUCUUAGGCCUGAAACUGUUGGGCUCUGUGUUGCUAUAUUAGGCAUUGCCCUAGUUGUGCGAAUCAUAGCAACGUUCCUGAUGGUGUCUUUUGCUGGGUUUGAUUUCAAGGAGAGGCUGUUUGUCUCACUGGCAUGGAUUCCCAAAGCCACUGUCCAGGCUGCAAUAGGUUCUCUUGCCCUGGAUACAGCAAGACGACAUCAAGAUGAGCAACUGGAAAAGUUUGGUACCACUUGGCAGAUAUCAGCAAAUCUACCUGCCUCUGCUACAUUUUAUACAAGUAACUAGCUAAGAGUAAAUUGUUGGUAACUUCAUUCUGAGGCAUGGGGUCAGUAUGGCAUCCCUCAGUAACUGGAAGUUACUUUGUUAUUUUUUGGAAAGGCUAUUAGAUUGUGCCUGUAACUGAGGCAGACAACACCCUCCUGAGAUUUCCACACUACAGUUCACUGAAUUCAUUUUACAGGAUACUGUGUAGAAUAUAUUUGAUAAUGUCUAGAUUUUGGCAUUAGUAAGAACUAACGAUUUCUAUUUUAGCUUUUAAAUUUUUAAUAUGCAAAACAAAAAAUGUACAAAAAUACUUUUAACUGCUUAAAUACUUCUGAUGUUGACACUGUACUAUUUGCAGUCAUAUGCCAUACAGAUGAGCUGUAUACAGCUCAAUAUGCAUGCCUUUGUAUAAGCCUUACUCUCUAAGCAAAAAGAAAGCUUCCUGAGAUAUACUUAAAUUUCACAGCCUGCAGCUCUAGCACAAUGAUAAAAAUACCAGGAAAUUCUUCGGUAAGUUUUCCCUUAACAGUUGUCAAGUACAUUAUAUUUUUGUAACUAUGCACACUGCUGUUCUCCCUGCAUCCUUGGGAAUGUACCAUCUUUAGUUCAGUUUGUCUCCUAACCUGAAAGGGAGAAGCUUUCACCUGAUGGAUUUGAAGCUGGAGCAGUGGUUAAGGGUGGUGUGCUUGGUUGUUCUUGUGAUAUACCUGGACUUCUGUGCCUAUUCUGCCUACUUCACAUGCACUCCUGGUGUCCCCCUGGCCCAGUAUCUUUACUGACGAUCUGGAUGAGGGAAUUGAGUCUACCCUCAGUAAAUCCACAGGUGACACCAAGCUGGGUGGCAGUGUUGAUCUGCUGGAGGGCAGGAAGUCUCUGCAGGGGAUUUGGACUGGCUGGGUCAAUGGGCUGAGACAAUGGAAUGAGGUUGAAUGAGGCCAAGUGCUGAGUCCUGCCCUUGGGUGACAGCAGCUGAACAUGAGCCAGCAGUGCCCAGGGGGCCAAGAAAGCCAAGGACAUCCUGGCCUGGAUCAGCAAUGGUGUGGCCAGCAGGAGCAGGGCAGGGAUUGUCCCCUGUACUCGGCACUGGUGAGGCCACACCUCGAGAGCUGUGUCCAGUUCUGGGUCACUCACUACAAGAAAGGCAUUGCAGUGCUGGAGCGUGUCCAGAGAAGGACAACAGAGCUGGGGAAUGGUCUGGAGCAGAAGUCCUGUGAGGAGCAACUGAGGGAGCUGGGGGUGUUUAGCCUGGAGAAGAGGCAGCUGAGGGGUCACCUGGCUGCUCUACAACUCCUGACAGGAGCGGGUAGCCAGGUGAGGGUCAGCCUCUUCUACCACACAUCCAGUGUGUAGGAUGAGGAUAGUCUCAAGCUUUGCCAGGCAAGGUUUAAGUUGGACAUUAGGAAGAAUUUCUUUACAGAAAGGGCUGUUAAACAGUGGAAUGGACUGCCCAGGAAGGUGGUAGAGUCAUCUUCCCUGGAGGUGUUUAAGCAAAGACUGGACAUGGCACUGAGAGCCAUGGUCUGGUUGACAGGGUGGUCAUAGGUUGGAUUCAAUAAUAUUAGAAGUCUUUUCCAAACUCAUUGAUUCUAUGAUUUUGUGAAAUACGUGUAGUUUUAAUAGAAGGCUAAGUAUUUGGAAAUUGUAAUGUUGGUUAAACUAACUGACAAGAUGAAGAAAUACAGUGUUCAGUUCAUAUGUAACUGUCUAUAAAAUAGUUCUACCCAAGUAAAACACAGGAGUGUUACAGGAGUUCACUUUUUUGUAAAGUUUUUAUAAAAGUAGAACCCUUCCAUAGGGAUCACUAUGCCAAAUUUGGAAUGUGUUCAGUAACAGAAGUGUUAUGCUGUAAGGGUUACAGGCCUUUAAAUUUGGACACAACCUUAAGUAUGAAAGCAAACCUCUGAUGAAGAGCUCUGUUUGUGAUAGCCUCUAAUACUUCCUCAUCAGCUAAACAGCAUCUCGUAAAUGGGAUUUACUUGUUCCAUUAACCUCAGUGCACUCUCAGUUAUACAUUACAUCAUGUCCACAAUUCUGAGUGCUUGAAUAAGCUAUACCAAUGAAACUUGUCAUCUUUUUUGCUAAUCUAAGUGAGAUUUAAUAAAUUUUUAUUUCCUUGCCAUUUUACGUGGGUAUUUCUCAUGAGACCCCUUUUCCCCAGCUUUUAUUAAAUCUUCAAAAAGUAUAAGGUCAGAGCUAUUACAAAGACCUGCAGAUCUAAAAUUAAAUGCUUUAAUGCUUUAUAAUCUUCCCUCUCCUUUUCUUCCAGAAAGAAAGAAAACACUUGCAUCUUUUCAUUAAAUGAUCAGAACUAAGAACUUAAGAGACUGGGCUUUUUCAGUAUCAUAACAAUUUCAGCUGCUUUUAAAUAGCAACUAAUUUGAGAGAUUAGAUUUCAGUUUUCAUCAGAGUACAGGUGAAGCAUGACAUUAAAGACCACCUCCCUUUUAACAAAAUGCUGUGAAAACCAUUACUGAAUAAAUUCAAGCAUAAAUUCAAGCCAAUAAAAUCAUUAUGCCAUAGUAGUCUCUUAUUUGCAGGAAAUAAUAUUAGAGCACAAUGCGCAGUAACAGAUAACCAGAGUCCCGCUGUCACACAGACAUAAUCACAGGCAUAGUGUGAGGGAACUCUGCGUGUGCUGUUCCAGAAGGUUCACAAGAACCUCUGCAACAGGUCUAACAACAGAAAGUGUUCCCAGCAGCCAGCAUCUGGCAGUUACAGCAGGCAGCAUAUGGGAAAAGACAGAAAUUGUCUGUCUGCAAGCAGGGUGUCACACAGGCCAGGGGAUGUGGUGAUGAUGAUGUGAUUAUAAUCACUGCUUACUCUCUUUUUUCAGCCAAACUGAGCUUUUUGUGGAAUUUAAACUGAAGUCUAAAAUUAACUGUGAAACAGUCAUGGUGUAAUACAGCCACAAAAUGAAUGAUAGUUUCUGCACCUUGCUUUAAAUAAAAAGUGCAAGAACUGCACUUCAAUUACAUUUACUUUGUCUAGUAGUUGCCCCAAGUCAGACACCUUUCUCUAAACCUGUUUUACAAGUUUAUUUUUAGUCUCUUAUAACCAUGUUCAAAAUAAUUAUGAAAAGAAAGGAAAACACUGCUGUUCUUGUAGAGUGUCACAAUACACUAAUUUCAUUUUCCUCAGGUUUUCCAUCAAGACUGAAGACCUGGUCCCACAACCUCAGUUCUGGACUUCAUUAGCAUUUAGGGCAAAUUUAUUCCUGUGUGUGGAGCUUCCCAAUUAGAUUAGAAAAGUCAGGUAAUUUGUUCAACUUCUCAGUUGCUGGUGAGAUACAGAGCUCUAGAGAGGCACUUCAGCUUUUAGCUAUCUAUCUCUGUAGACUUUAGAUAGAACCGACUGGUAAAUUCUUUGAGAUUUUCUACAGAAAGUUCUGCGUUCUGCAGACAUGAGACAGAAUUACCUUGACAGAUUUUGAAAUGCAAGAAAAUUAUGAUUUGCUUCUGAUUCUCAUUGUAUUAUUACCUUGUGGAAAUUACUACAAUGUCCUUUCUACAAAAGAACUGUGACUUGCUCUUGCAAAAUUACAAAUUUGUUCCAUUCCCUUACAGUUACAAGCACAAACAAAAUAACUGUCCUUGUUUAUCGUAUAGUCCUAUUUGUAGAUUGCUGUUAAACUAUCUCAUCUAAGAGCAAGUAAGGAGAAAAAAUACUUAAUCAAGCCGUGUUGAAGAUGGAGUGAAGAAGUUAAACCUUACCCUGUUCUUCAAGGAGCUUUUUGGGAGAAACAAAACCAUGUUUUAUUACUCACAUGUGUUACUCACUUUAACAAGGUUUGUUUUAAUUUAACAGGUUUGGUUGUGAUUUCAAACCAUUGUUUGAAUACAAAAGCAUCCUGAUAAAAGCUGGAAGCACAUACAGGCCUGUGUCUAGUAAGUCUGCUACACUAGACUACAGUUUUUGAAACCUGAAAAAAAAUGUCAAAUAUGGGGCUUUACAUUUCACAGUAAUUUCUUCACCAAACACAAGAAUUUGGGCUUGAUGUUCUAUAUACAUCUGUAAGUGAAAACUUGAAUAUAAGACACUUUUAUAUAUUUUUCUCUAUUAUAAAUGCUUAUAUCCUAAUACAUUUAUGGGUUGCUCAUCCAUUAAGGUAAGACCACCAUGAAGAUUUAAACAAUACACAUUACAUCAUGGUUCUGUUACACACUUGGUAAAAGCAGGCAUUUCACACACAGUCACAUCCUAAUCUGCCAUCUUUUUCUGCAAGGUAAGAGGUUUUGGAACCUAAAACUGUCAUAAACAGAGGAAGACUGAUCUACCUUAAUUCUACUGCUGCUGCAAGAGCCCUUACAUGAGAACAGCUUUCUGACUCACCUGCUGUUUCAGCACUGUGGUGAUCAGCUUUGGCAACAGCUCUGGGGCUUCCCACCUAACAGUGGGUCAAAUGAAAUGCUGUUAAGGGACGGGUGAGAUCUGUCAUGGUACCGUUGUCUAAAACUGUAGCACGGACCAAAUUUUUAUUUUUAAACUGAUGGAUACACUAUUUCAUGGGAGAAUGAAGCACUUUAGAAUAAUUAAUUAGAAAUCUAGCAGUUAGGUAAGUAGUAAUUAUCUGCAUCUGAAAUUAAGCCUCACCACAGCAACCUUCUAACUCACCUAAAUAAUAAUUCUGAAUGGGUAACAAGCCAAGAGAACAGCUCAGCUCUGCAUCUUCAGUUCUGUCUCUUAACCCAUUCAUCCCUUGAAAAUUCCCAUUGCAAAACGUAGUGACAUAGUGCAAGUGAACUUGCAGGAGGCAAAUAUGUGUUUCCUUACCAUCAUCACAGGGUCCAAAAUAGAGGGGUAAUGUUGGUGGCUGACCUGCCCAAUAGUUUGGUUUAUAUAUGGCCUGGAACUGCUAGCAUUCCACCUGGGAUGCUGUGUGAACCUUUCCAGCAGUGUGGGAUUUGUCUGAGCUGGGCUGCUUUGUGCAAGACCAGCAAACUGCCCACUUAGGAACCAUGCAGGCCAGACCUUCAGCCUGCAUGACUUAACACUGAUCUGCUGCCUGAAUAUAUAUUCACAAAGGAGGAAGUUGCCAUCUUUUUUUCCCCCACU